AUGCUCCCACGAGCCACAGAAGCCACACUGACAACGACAUUCCCGCAUGGAGCGCCAACCAGCGCCGGGACUCACGGGUACACGACCGCAAACUCGGCGGCCCUCGUCGCUAGCCGCGCAGCGGUAGUCGUCAUCCCAGGCGAGCCGGAUCGGAGGAGGCGACCGGCCGGCACGAGCGAUCCUCCCGGUGCGCGGCGCAGCGCCCCCACUGAGGAGCCGCCGAUGACAGAGCCGGCGGUGCGGCUGUCGUCAUGGCUCCACGUUCGCGCGGUAGAGGAGGAGGAGGCGGCGUCGGCGUCGCCGUGCGGUCGUCGCAGCUUCUGCUGUGGCUAGCGGUGCUGUCCGCGCUCGUCGUCAGGGGGCGCGCGCUGCGGGGCAUCAUGGGCCAGCGCCGCGUCGACUUCUCGCAAAUUCCCAAGACGGCGCGCAUCCAGGUGUACUACGAGUCGCUCUGCCCGUACAGCAUCGCGUUCAUCACCGAGCAGCUGUGGCCGACGUUCGUGCGCGUCGGCUACCUCAUGGACGUCCAGCUGGUUCCGUUCGGCAACGCGUUCAAGGAGCAGCAGCAACAAAAUCCCAGCGCUCGCGCGGGACGCUUCGCCCUGGGCCGCCGCCAGGAGCCCGAGUACACGUACAGCUGCCAGCACGGGCCCGACGAGUGCUUCGGCAACGUUGUGCAGUCGUGCGCGGCGAGCAUCUUCAACGACACCAUCCUGUCGCUGGCCUUCGUCACCUGCAUGUCGCUGGCCGAGCACCCCAGCGAUGCGGGUAAGGAGUGCGCCCGGGGCAUCGCUCGCAACUGGAACGCCAUCCAGCGGUGCGCCAACGGCGGCAAGGGACGCGCGCUGCAGGACGAGAUGAGCGAGCGCACGUGGAAUCUGGACCCUCCGCACCACUACGUGCCCUGGAUCGUCAUCAACGGCGUGCACAACGACGGACAGCAGUCCAUGGCGCAGACAGACCUGCUGCAGGUCGUGUGCGACGCAACUCCGGACGGUCGCAAACCGCCGCCCUGCUUCGCCGACCUGGAGGAUCGGCGCUCCCUCCAGAAGCUGUCCGCGUCCAUCGAGGAGCACGCCGAGGACGCGCCGAACGGUUCCUCCGAGCGAGCCAGGCCUCCCGUCGUCGGACACAGCCUCAAGGAAAUCCAAGAUUGAGGACGAGUUGGGGGGCCCGCGCCUCUCCGGUCAAAUUCGCCGCGCUGGCUGGCGCAUCCGGCUUUCGUAUAUACCUGUACACACGACGCGCAUACCGCCGUCAUUCGCCAUCGGGACGAUACGCGAUUCUCCUUGAGUGGGACCCGUUUGUCCUUGCGUUGGACCCGUUUGUCCUUGCGUUGGACCCGUUUGUCCUUGCGUUGGACCCGUUCGUCCUUGCGUUGGACCCGUUCGUCCUUGCGUUGGACCCGUUCGUCCUUGCGUUGGACCCGUUUGUCCUUGCGUUGGACCCGCUUGUCCUUGCGUUGGACCCGUUCUAGAGUUCUUGUGACCGUUGUAUACACCGACCAUGUUUGGUAGCGAUGUCGUAUACAGUGUCAUGUAUAACGAGUCGCUGUUGGAAGUUCCUGAAUCGCAGCAGCAACACAACACAUUUGCGUGAUGAUAUCGUUCUGAUGCGCGCAGAUGCGGGCUCGGUUAAGUCGGGUUGCUCGAUGUUAGCUAAGGUCAGGUUGGCAACUCUAGGCACAUUUAAGAACUUCGAAACAAGCGAAAGUAAUGUGCUUACUGAGGAACUUGCCAACGUCGUUUUGCAUUUUACCUUGGCUUACCUCGCUUCCUGUUGUUCUUAAGCUUUGUUCUUAAGCCUGACUUAAUAUUCUUCAGUCACUACAGCGUGACAGUAUGGGUGCUGGCAUUCGAAAGGUCCAAGUUUCGUGACCCUGCUUUUGCGCCACCGUCAUGUGUAGAGGGUGUCCCGACUAUCAUACACCAAGAUUUAAAAAUAUGCAAAUGCCACGUAGCUGGAGAGAACCAAGGUAAUGUUGUUUGCCGUCGCUAGGAGAUAGGUUAUUUUUUUGCAAUCUACCUAAUUACAUAAUUAGUCUUAAUCGACUUCUCACAUAUUAUAUUUAGAUGAAAAGUGUGAACGAAAAGAUUUUAUAGCAACGUGA